AUGUCAGAUGAUAAAUUUCAUAAUACAAUUGAGUUGUUAUCCGUAGAACUUUGGCGAGAAAUCUUUGAAUAUUUCAAUUCAAUUGAUUUAUGGUAUUCAUUUCGCGAUUUAAAUAGAAGAAUUGAUGCAAUUAUUGAUAGAACAGCGUUACAUUUAAAUUUUACAAAGCGAGAUACUUAUGGUUACUUUAUGAAAAAUAUUUUAUCACCGAUGAAGGCUGUUAAUGUUCGAUCAUUAAAUACUUGUGGUACGCAACAAGGUACAUCCACCAUUACGUCGCUAAUUACAACAACUAAAACAACAAAUAUUCAACAUGUGUCAAUCGACCAGUUGACUUUUAAUGAUUUAAUUAAACUACUCCCUGCUCUACAAAAUGUUAAAUCAUUUUGCACUGAUUAUUUGUUACUUGAUGAUAAUAUAUCUAACGAACAAUAUCAAUCAUUUAUAAUUGCUAUGUCGUUGCUACCUAAAUGUAAUCAACUGCAUGUAAAAUUAUCAGAUGAUAUAACAUUUGAACAUGUCGAAUAUUUAUUAAAGCAAACAUCUAAUUUAAAAAAAUUAUUCAUGUGGGGUUGGUAUCAUUUACUUGAUGCUAAGAAAUGGGAAUCUUUAUUAUCCAUAUACUGUAUGAAAUUGAUAAAUUUUCAAUUAAUAUGUACUGGACCAAUUUUUGAUGAUAAUUUUGAUCAAGCAAUAGAUGAUUUCCAACAAAUAUGUCAAGCAACAUCAUUUUGGUUCGAACGAAAUGUUACAAUUUCAGAUGAUGAAGAUUUUUCAGCUCAUGAUUAUCGUACUGACGUUAGUGUUCAAUUUAAUAUUAAAAAUAAAGUGAGUUUAAUAUGA